CCGGCAGACGCGGCCGGGAGCUGGGCCGGGGGUCGCCCGGGACGUGGCUUGUCGCGUCCUUGGGACUCGGCGUGCAGGCGCCGCUUCUCUUUGGGGUGAGCGCCGCGCGGCUGCAGCAUGCCUCACAGAAAGAAAAAGCCCUUUAUAGAGAAGAAGAAAGCUGUGUCCUUUCAUCUGGUCCACCGGAGUCAACGGGAUCCUUUAGCGGCAGACGAGACUGCACCCCAAAGGGUUCUGUUGCCUACACAAAAAGUAAAUGAUGAAGAAAGGCGAGCGGAACAGAGAAAGUACGGAGUGUUCUUUGAUGAUGAUUAUGACUACCUGCAGCACCUGCGGGAACCAUCUGGGCCUUCAGAGCUUAUUCCCACAAGUACCUUCAGUGCAUCCAACAAGAGAGAUGAAAAAGAAGAAACUUUAAUAAUUCCAAGCACUGGGAUUAAGUUGCCUUCAUCGGUGUUUGCAUCAGAGUUUGAGGAAGAUGUUGGAUUAUUAAAUAAAGCUGCUCCUGUCUCAGGACCUCGACUGGAUUUUGAUCCUGACAUUGUUGCAGCUCUUGAUGAUGAUUUUGACUUUGACAAUCCAGAUAAUCUGCUUGAAGAUGAUUUUAUUCUUAAGGCCAAUAAGCCAACAGAAGAGGAAGAGGGAAGGGAUAUACAGAAAUCUGAAGCUGACGAUGGCAACGAGUGGGAAGAUAUGGAUGAUGAGAAUGAAGGCGGUAGUGAUGAUGCUAACUAUGACUCUGUAGGCUCGUUAUCAGAUGAUACAUCUACCCCUGGAAAGCCUCUUGGGGUUACAGAAAAUCACUUGUUCUGGGAAGAGGAGACGAAAAGUCGCUUUACUGAGUAUUCUAUGACGUCCUCAGUCAUGAGGAGAAACGAGCAAUUGACCCUACAUGAUGAGAGAUUUGAGAAGUUUUAUGAGCAAUAUGAUGAUGAUGAAAUUGGGGCUCUGGAUAAUGCUGAAUUGGAAGGUUCCAUUCAAGUAGACAGCAAUCGCUUAGAAGAAGUUUUGAAUGACUACUAUAAAGAGAAGACAGAGAAUUGUGUGAAGUUAAAUACUCUUGAGCCCUUUGAGGAUCAGGAGCCACCAAUGAAUGAACUUGAUGGGUCUGAGGAGGAAGAGAUUGUUACUGUAGUUCUUGAAGACUCUAAAGAGAAGUGGGACUGUGAAUCUAUUUGUAGUACAUACUCAAACUUAUAUAACCACCCACAACUUAUCAAGUAUCAACCAAAGCCCAAACAAAUCAAAUUAUCUUCUAAAACAGGAAUACCUCUCAAUGUCUUACCUAAGAAAGGACUCACAGCAAAGCAAGUUGAACGAAUGCAAAUGAUUAAUGACAGUGAUCUGCCUAAGGUGUCAACCCAACCACGUCCUAAAAAUGAAAGCAAAGAAGAUAAAAAAGCAAGGAAGCAAGCUAUAAAGGAAGAGCGCAAGGAACGGAGAGUGGAGAAGAAAGCUAACAAAUUAGCCUUCAAACUGGAGAAAAGUAGGCAGGAAAAAGAGCUGCUGAACUUGAAGAAGAAUGUUGAGGGUUUAAAGCUUUGACAGUGGGACCUUUAGGUUGUCCCAGUUGUUUUCUGCAGAUGUUCUCAAAUAUUUCUUGGAAGCCUCUCCACUCCUUUUCAGGAAUUAAGUGACUUAAUUUGCUAUAUGAAGACAAGUGGCACUCAUUUAAACUCAAUUUUGAAAUGGUGAGUGCUACGAAGAGUUUUCCUGAGAAGGUCCCACUUGCAGGAAACUAAAUUUCCCCUUGCUCUGCACAAAGAGCUUUUGCAAAAUGAUGAUAAAACUGAAUAUUAAAGUUGUUGGGACUUGGUCACUGGAAGACUUACUUUUGGGAUUUAGGAACAGUGAAGGCAGGAAACAGAAGACAUAAUCAAGAAAAUUUCCUUGGCUCAGUUAGUAACUGGCUCAAAAUCAGAAAUACUCAGAUUAAACUAGAAAGUUUGUCUUUUAAACAUUAUUUAAUGCUUGGAACAAUUCAUACUUGAUUAAAAAACAUAGUUGA